AUGAACAGUGAUCUGUCAGAUUCAGAUUAUCAUCGAAUAUCAGAUGCAACAAUGGAGCAUUUAUUGGAAUUUUUUGAAAACUUGAACGAUCAGUUUGAUUUUAAUGGUUUCGAUAUUGAAUACUCGGUGAGUCAAUGUAAAAUGAGCGGUGUUCUAACUCUUAAAUGUGGUUCAGAAGGAACAUAUGUACUUAACAAACAACCUCCCAAUAAACAAAUUUGGUUAUCUUCGCCGAUAAGUGGUCCAAAACGAUAUGACUACGAUCUGAUGCACAAAAAAUGGUUUUACCGUCGGGACAAUACAACAUUGGAUGAAUUAUUAAACAAUGAGUUAUCAACAAUAUUUGGUACUAAAGUAGAUGUAUCAUAA